AAAUUCAUUUUCUAAAGGGCUGCUAUUUAUUUUAUCAUGUCAGGUUCAUAUCUUGGCCCAGAAAAGGUUUAAAGAUCUGCUGCAUGCAUCAGCAUAAUGGCAAACUGAGACAAAUGUUCACUCUGACCCCUUGAAGGUCAGAGGUCAGGGGACAAAGGCAGGUCUAAAAUGAAUAAAAUAGACUUGAAGGAAGGAAAUGAGCUCAGCAGACUGACAUGCAUGGUCCUGGUUGUUUUUAGCAUUUCCGAAACCAUGUUGUUUAGUUUGACAGGAGGCGAGCCUUUAACCCGGACCAUUUCCCCCAGUCUACUAUUGUCAUGUGCUGAGGGAACCUUAAAUCUGUCGCCUCCUCCCUUCUUUCCUGACAUAGCAGACACAAACCUUAAAAACAUGCACACAACAACGGGAAAACAUUUGUGUAAUAAGAUUAAUUAAGCAUUAAAUGGAUCAACGAUACUUUUCUGAAGAACUUAUGAAUGGUUCUUGCCAUCAUGAUGCAGUUUCUGGGGAGGUGCUUACUAGUCGGUUUUAUAAAAAUUGUAACACCAAGUGUGACAAAAGAAUAAGUAAAGACCUAGCAACAAAAUGUGCCGAAAUUUUCAACAUACAUGGCCUUUUGGAGGCGCUGGUUUCAAAGAAAAAAAAAAAACAACAUGGCCUUGUUUCAACUUUGCUGUACUGCUAAUUUGACUUCAGGAAGGCGACACAAGAGUCUGAACUCUCUGUCAAGUUAAAGAGUUUUAAGACACUGUAAGUAUUUCCAUGACAGCUGUUUGCUCCUUCCUUGGCAGGAAAUUCCUUGGAUUUGAGAACUUCCUGUGCUCCACCAAAACCACAACCCGGGAGUCUGAACACAUGUUGAGUGUGAGAUCUCAGAGCGACGGUGCUGGGAACUACCAGAGAUCACCACCACCACGACACAGCAGCAUCAGCUCUCUUUAGAUGAGGGACAGUCUCAUUCCACUUAUGUUAUAUCCUGUCUGGCGACAUUUUUUCAUGACAAUGCUCAUGGCGUCACGGGUGUGAGUUUUAUCUUAUGGGAGUAUCUGUUACCUGCGCCAGUCUGCAGUCUGUUUCCACAGGCUUCUGUUUACCUCAACGCAGUCAGACAUCUUCAGACGAGCCAAAAGGAGCCGGCUGGGAUUAUUUAAAGUGGAGAUAUGGAUGAUGAGGCUCAGGAGUGCCCGGUCUGUUACGAGAAUCUGUCAGAAAGUGUCAGGACACUGAGCUGCGGCCACCAUUUCUGUCAUGACUGCUUAGUACGAACGCUGCUGAACGCCAACCUGAAUGGAUCUAUUAAACGGGACAAUAUCAUCUGUCCCGUCUGCAGACACCUUACAUUCAUCACGAGGUUCCACCGAUUUACAGCGUCAAUUACUGAAGCCAAAAACACUGGCAAGACUUUGGAGGUGCCGUCUGUGCCCACUGCUGUAUUAUCAAGGAAUGCUGGGAUAUCCCAUAGCGGAGGUCUCGACUGUUUCGGCACAUGUCUACGAAAGAUCUCGUGUAUACUUUGUAGACGAAGGCUCAUCUGUCCUAAAGACUCUUCUGAUGUGUUCAUCAUAAGUGAGUCUGGCCGACCCAUGGACGAGAGUGAUGUUAUUGAUAUUGGAACAACUUCAACCAUGCAACACAGCUACAGGAAUGGACGCAGAAUUUGUACAAUCUCCUGUUGUCUUCUCAUUUUAAUGAUCGCUUUUACCUUACUGGCUUUGGUGGCUGCCACACUUCCAUGGGUGUUAUUAGCUUAAACAGUGUGGCACUGUUUAGAUAUAAUCCAUUUAAUUGAUGUUUAUUUAUGUUGUACCUAAUGUAUUGCUGCAGGACAAGUGUAUUAUUUACUUUUACAGGACUGAUGUGUGUUUUUGUCUGGUCCGAGUAAAUGUUUUAAGGAGAACAAUACCACAUAUCUAAAAUGUGAUCUGAGCCCAACUCAUCAAGUGACUUUUAUAAGACGCUGACCAUUUAAACUUGGAGUAGCGAAGAUGAGCUGGUCACCUGAUCCUGGAAAAAACGUAGGGUUCAGUUACAUCUAUCAUGGACACACGCUUUAAGAAUGGUGAAUGAUUUUAACUGGUUGCUUGGAAUGACACACACCCUCUCGCUUGUCCAGAAACUCUUGUCACACAGGUUAGCAAGCGUCUUCAGCAAGUUUCAGCCUUAAAGGGACUGAAACCUCCUGUUCUGCUGAAUGUAUUAGUCAUAUUUGAUUGGGGUGUUUCUGUAUAGCUAAUGCUGUAUGUGAAUUUAAACCCUCACACUUUUCUUAAAGUCCCCAUGAAAUUAAAACUGACAAUACUAUUUUUUACGGAAUAUUGCAGCAAUCAUUACAAAUCAUUUAUUUGUGUUGUUAAUAUUUUCAUUACGUGCCCUUAUAAACUUUAAUCCAAAACUGAAAAUGUGCUCAUCAAACAUGUGCUUGUCAUGUCAAAGUAUGUGUUUGGUGCAUCAUGUAAACUUAAAUGCAUCAUGUGCAGGCGCUUUGAAGGGGUAUAUGAUAAAAGAGACGCUCAUGUGUAAUCAGAGUUUAGUAUUAAGUUGGUCUUGUAAAUGUGAGUGUCUCUUUAAUCAAAAACCUUUUCGAUGCGUGUGCAGCAGGCACAUAUUUGGAUAUGACGCAUUAUACACAUGGUUCACAUGACACUCCGAAAACAGAUUUUUAAUUUGCGCACCUCGGAAGAGAAGUCACUGGCCGCCACUGUUCCUCCCUCUUGUGAACUAGACUUAACUCCGCCCCCCUUCAAUUGUCAGUCUGCUGCGGGUUCCAAUUUUGAAUGAAACGCCUACUUUUUUACACUCUAAAAAAUAUUUAACCCAGGUCUGGGUAACUAUAGGACAGAACACAUUUCUGGGUUAAAGUGACCCAAAUAAUGGGUUGUUUUAACCCAACUGCUGGGUUAUUGUUAAUCAACCAUGUUGAAACAACCAAGCAGUUGGGUUAAAACAACCCAUUUUUUGGGUCACUUUAACCCAGAAAUGUGUUCUGUCCUAUAGUUACCCAGCCCGGGGUUAAAAACAAACCAAUACUUUUUAGAGUGUAUAUCCAAUCAAUUUACAGAGGAAAUCACAAGCCACGCCCACUAUUUUCCUUGUGUGAUAUUCUGUUUGACUUAGAAAUGCGUCACAAUAUGGAAGUCGAUCACGACUUCUUGUUCACUGGGACUUUAAAUGCCAAAAGGUAAAAUGUUGAAUACGUUUAUUUGGUAGUUUGGAAAGUCACAUGUAUUGUGUAGUCAGAAAUGGCAAUUUUAACUAAUGAGGAAUUUUAUACUGAUAUAAUAAUGAUCAAGUGUAACUGCCUUACUUUACCAAUAGUCUGAAUAAUUAUGUAAUAUUUAUUUUCCAUUUAUUGAAAACGGGUCACAAAUGUUACAGUAUGUCCAUAUUAAAUUGGAUAGCAAAUGGUUUGAAAACAUUCGAGAACUUCUUAAGAGAUUUUCAAGAAUUGCAUUUAGCAUUCUCACUUAUCCUAAGAAAAUUAUUGUUUUGUAAAUAUUUUUGUGAAUCUGGCCCCUGCUUUGUACAUGUUUGUAUAAGAGAUUCUUUCUAUUUUAUAAUGUUUUGUUUGAAAGAAAAUGGUUUUACUCAGAGGUUGUGCUUUCAUACCUCAGAAGACUUCAUUUUCGAUUGUUUUAUUUUAAAGUAUUAAA